UCUACAACCACCAAGUAUAACUAUCGAACAGCACCAAGAGACUCAUUCACAGAUUUAUGGCUCGUCAGGCUAAUCGCAAGCUGGCAGCAUCGAAGACGCGAUCAGGCACUCCGAUGCGUUCUGUCGCCACCAUCAAACAAUCCCAAGGCUCAUCUUUGGGCCACAAACGCCGGCACUUUAAGCAAGAACAUAUCAAGCGGCAGCGGAGGCAACUUGCUUUCGGGGUUCAAAAGGCAAGGCGUGAACGCUGGGCUCAAGCUGCUCGCGAAACACAAAGCAUUGUUCUUGGGGAUGGCAAGUACAUCGAAGAGAAACUUUCUUCUACUUCUGUUUCAUGUAUCAUGCCCCCUACCCAUAUCUCUCCGCUUGUCUCUUGCCCUGGUAACGCCUCGCUACAAGUAAACCCAUCUCAUUAUCAAGGACCGCAUACCAUGAUCACAACGCAUGUCACACAUGACAUAUCAUCACAAAUCAUUUUAAGCAAGCAGGGAACAACGUUGUUCCCUCAUUAUUUGCCAUCUUUGGCUGACUGGCGCAAGCCUCCCACAGUCUCUCCUUCCCGAACCAAGUCGACUAGUUUUUUGUUUGUUGCUAGCUCUACGCUUACGGCUGCUCGGCAACUGCACGAGCGGCGACCAGAUCUUACUCGUAGUUCGCCGUAUUCGCUCUCUACCACGUCAAUUGGAGUCCUUUCCUUUGCUUCACCCAAACGUCCCGGUGGAGGCUAUCUACACGGCGGUAAUGAGCAAGAAGAGAUCCUCGCUAGGUCUUCAUCGCUCGUAGCUAGUCUCCAGGCCGACCAAGGCAAGGAGUUUUACACCACCCACAGGAAAUUUGUUAGCGUCGACGGAGCUGGCCUUCAUGAUCACUCCAUGGUAUACAGCCCAGGUGUUGUCACCUUUCGCCAAGAUGAUAGUGAUGACACAUCUCCACUGACAACUGCAUCGUCAAAUAACUUCACCCCUCCUUAUCUUAUUAAUGUUCUCUCGGCUGUGCCUGUCAACGCAGCUGCAAUACGUCAGAACUACAGCAUCACUCCAUCAAACGCUCAUAUCUUUGCGGACGGCAUACAUGACAAGAUGCGGGACCGGAUGGCAAGGGCACUUCGCAUCUUUGAGACACGUGGUGACCGAGCUCUCGUCCUCGGUGCGUUUGGGUGCGGUUCCUGCGAGAACAAAGUUGAAAUGAUCGCGGAGAUCUGGGCUGACCUCCUUGUAUGUGGGGAAGGUGAAGAGAAUCGUGAAGAUGGGAAGACGACUGUUUCGCGCGCGGCGUUCAAAGACUCGUUUGAAGAAGUUGUGUUCGCUGUUCCCGGUAAAUUAUAUGAACCCUUCAAGAAGGCGUUUGAUAUGAGAGUUUUCGAAGCGGAGGUAUCUCAGGCAGCUACCUAGUAUAUGGUUUUCAUAUUCUCACGCCUCAUGAGUUUGAGAGUACUGUACUAAUCUUUGUUACCUAUAUCGUUUUAUAUCCUCUUCCUUUUGUGCAUUGUCUGUGUGUAUCAGUAGUACUGUUGCAAAUAUGUUGGAUGUUUGCCUCAUUCGAGAUUUC